CAAAAAGAGAGAGAGAGAGAGAGAGAGAGAGAGAGACGGAGAGAAAGACAAAGAUUAACAGAGGCUCAAAGGAGAGCACAGAACAUAGAAGCUAAACUUCAAACAACAGAAGCAGAUCCUCGUCUCGUGGGUGAAGAUGCCUCAUAUUAAAGACAGGCAGAAGAGGACCGAGGAUAUCUCCGCAGUCUACGACAUGAAGGAGAAGCUGGGGGAAGGUUCGUUCUCUGAAGUGAGGCUGGCUCAGGACCGGCGCACCCAGAAGCUUGUAGCUGUGAAGUGCAUCCACAAGAGGGCGCUAAAGGACAAGGAGGCUUUGCUGGAGAACGAGAUCGCUGUCCUUCACAAAAUCAAACAUGACAACAUCGUCUCCCUUGAAGAGAUCUACGAAACCUCUUCGGAGCUCUACCUUGUGAUGACGCUGGUGACCGGGGGUGAGCUGUUGGAUCGGAUUCUGGAGCGUGGCAUGUACACGGAAAAGGACGCCAGCAGUGUGAUUGGACAGGUCCUGGACGCGGUACGCUACCUUCAUAACAUGGGCAUCGUCCACAGGGACCUCAAGCCAGAGAACUUGCUGUACGACACUGUAUUCGAAGACUCCAAAAUUGUCAUCAGUGAUUUUGGACUGUCCAAAAUGGAGGACCAGGGACUGCUGUCCACUGCAUGCGGGACACCUGCUUACAUAGCUCCAGAGCUGUUGGAACAGAAGACUUAUGGGAAGGAAGUGGACUGCUGGGCAGUGGGAGUCAUCGCCUAUAUUCUGCUGUGUGGUUACCCUCCCUUUUACGAUGAAAAUGACAUAGAGCUGUACAGGCAGAUUGUGAAGGCAGAGUAUGAAUUUGAUUCUCCAUACUGGGAUGACAUUUCAGAAUCUGCCAAAGAUUUCAUCGGUCACUUGUUGCAGAAGGACCCAGAAAAGCGUUACACUUGUGAGGAAGCAUUACAGCACCCAUGGAUAUCCGGUGACACUGCCCUAGAGAAGAAUAUCCACGACUCAGUGAGUGAACAGAUUCAGAAGAACUUUGCCAAGACUCAAUGGAAACGCGCUUUCAAUGCCACAGUCAUUAUUCGUCACCUGAGUAAGAAAAUGGAGUCCAGCGGCGAGGAAACACAAGAGGAGAGUGGAGCAGCUAGCGCCAUCUGAAGACAUUGCCCGCCCGCAUGACAAGUGGACCAGUGUCAAUCCGUGAUGUGUGCUCUGUGUAGUCAUUUCACAUCGACCUCGCUUUUACUUCCAUUGAGAAGGUUAAUCUAGCCUAUGCUACAUGUGUCUAUGGCAGACAGUAGGAACUGAAAAAAGGGCUGAAUUAUAAUAUGGGCUUCUGAUUUCCGAUUUUAAGCUAUAAAACACCCCUGAUACAAAUAAAUAAAUAAAUAAAUAGAAAUGAAAUUGGUGGAUAGCCAACAAACACCGGAAAAAAAUCAAUUAACGUUGACUUUUCACAUUUAAAAAAUAAAACCCACUACAAUAAUAAUAAUAAAUACAUUUAGAGGUGCUGCUGGGCAAUGUCCCGCCUUCCUGACUUGCAUCUGUCAGUGAUUCGUUCUCAAUACUUUAAACCCGCCCCCCCAGCUACUGAGUGACAGCACAUUCCUACAUUUCUAUUGGACACUCCGCUUGCGAGAUUUAAACUGAGAUUACAAUCAGCUUUGUUAGCGGGGUUUCAAGCUGUAUUACAGUUAAAAAUACAGAGGAUUUAAAACAGAAUUGUAUCGAAAUGUACAAAAACGAUUUACAUAAAACUCGAAAAUUGCUAAAAACAGGCACCAAAAAAUACAAUUAAUAAAACCAGAAAAAAACCAGAAGCCCUAAUUAUAAUGAAAAUUACAACCACAGCAGAGUUGUUUGCUGAAAUUGUAACUACAGGGACGAUAACUCCUGUUCUAUUUUUAAAUAACCCGGCAGUAACCAUCACAGGUUCAAAAACAGAAACGCCCUAGAGAACUUUUUAUUUAUUUUUUUCGCGCAAAUGGGUUGAAAAUACAAGAACUGUAUGCAUGCAUUUGUGUGGUCAACAUUGUAAUUAAUUACGAAUUGAAUAAUUACAGUUGUAAUUGUUGGCCAUCUGCUUUGAAUAACAAAACACGUUUCAUUUCAAUGUAUUUUAAGUGCUGUGUGUGUGUAA